GUGUUUUGGCUAUGGACAAAGAGGUUACAAAGAUUGAAAGUGAUGACACUUCGUCGGUGGAGAUCAAAGUGUUGUUAUUCGCAAGAGCACGCGAGCUCACAGGUGUGCCUGAUCUAACUCUUAAGAUGCCAUCAGGUAGUACAACGCAAAAAUGCAUGGACGAGUUGGUUCUCAAGUUCCCAAGCUUGGAAGAGGUUCGUGGCUGUGUCGUUCUUGCGCUGAACGAGGAAUAUACAACCGAUUCCGCCAUUGUUCAACAUAGAGAUGAGUUAGCCAUCAUACCUCCGAUAAGUGGCGGCUAAUGCAUCAGCACUACUUAAGCCCCUUGAUUUGGGUUUGUACUUUUUAUUAAAGUUAAACAACAACAGAAAUAUCUGUCUUAUAAUAAAAGAAAGGUUUACAUCA